UCUGGAGAAUUCCAGAGACACCACGCGGCAGAGGCAGGUCGCUCGCCCAAGCGCAACUCAAUCACCCGCUUCUCUUCCCCCAAAUUCUCAAAUCGCGAGCUCGGAACACUUGCACCCUACUCGGAUAGGAUCGGCGAUUCGCCCCCCUAGCUCCUCGUCGGGAACUUCAGAGAGCUUCAGUACAAGAUGCAAAGGGGAAGGGGCGGGAGAGGUGGUCUCUUUGGUUUUGGGGACCCUUUUCCUGCUUUUGGCGGCUUUGUACCACCUGGGAACCUUAUGUCCAGUUUCUUUCGUGGGUCAAGUCCCUUUGAUGAUCCCUUCUUCACCAAUCCUUCUGGUUCUUUGAUUGGACCUAGCCUAUUUGAGCAAAGCAUUUUUGGUUCAAGCAUGUUCGGGCCACACACAGCUCUAAAUGGAGGAGGCUUCCAGCAGCAAGGUCCUGAACCAAGCAGGCCAAAAGGGCCGGUUAUUGAGGAGUUGUCUUCAGACGACGAGGAUGGUGCGGAUGCGAAUGAACAUGAUGAGAAGAAGAAAACUAACUCUAUGAAACAUCCAAGGAUUUGCAAAGAGCCAUAUGUGGAGGACUCUGGUGAUGAAGUUCAAGAUAAUAAGAGAUCUAGGCAUGAGAAAUUUGGGAAAGAGUACGUCAGGGCUGGCACAUCAUAUCAACAGCCACAGACCUAUAUGUUUCAGAGCUCAACUGUUACAUAUGGUGGUCCAAAUGGGGCAUGUUAUAUGUCUUCGACGACUAGGAGGAGUGGUGGAGAUGGAGUUACAAUGGAAGAAAGUAAGGAAGCAGACACAACAAGUGGUAAAGCAACUCACAGGAUCGCACGUGGCAUUGGCAAUAAGGGUCAUGCACUGACUAGAAAACUGAACUGCGAUGGAAAAGUUAACACCAUGCAAACUUUGCAGAACUUGAGUGAAGAUGAGCUUGCUGGGUUUGAGGAAUCAUGGCAAAGGAAUGCAGGGCCUUGUCUGCCUGGUUGGGAUCCCAGAUUAAACACGCUUAACAGUGAUAAAGCAGGAACUCUUAGCCCUGGCAUCCAAGAAGAUAAUGGAAUGUCUGUACUUCCAACACCCAAUGAUAUGUUUGCGCUUCCAGCACCCGAACAAUAUCGUGGCUCUAUUUCCUCUGAUAUGUUUGCGCUUCCAGCACCUGAACAAUAUCGUGGCUCUAUUUCCUCGAGGAUGAAGAGGCGCCCUUUGAAUGGUUCAUCCCAGGGCAGUCCCCAUACAUGAUUUCCUCAGGAAUUUAGGCAGAACUGUGUUCCCGGUUUGCAGAGAAGGAAGAGGAUGAAUUGCUAGCUCACUGCAGCUAUUCAGAAAACUAUGUUUACGUUUUACUCAGCUUAGCUUAAAAGGUUCUGUUGCUAUUGUUGAUGUAUAUUGCUGUUCCCUUCAGCAUGGAUGCACAAUCAUAAAAGGGAGUACCUAGAACUCAUCUACGGAGUAGAUGAGAUAUAAUUUGGUCUCAUUCACUUUGAAAACAAGAACAUAUACAAUCCACGUUAGCACACACGCAUCUUAUAGCAUCACAUCCAAUGGCUAUAAAAGGUGAUUGAGACCAAAAUAUAUCUCAUCUAGAUGAGUUCUAGCAAAAUGUAACUUCUUUCCACAAUGACUUCUUUCUACAACGACUGUUGUGUAACUUUGUAAGGCAAGGCUGCAUUCCUGUAUUUUCUAUGUACUAUGUUGGCACUAUGGUGCAUGGGUUCGAUGUGGAGAUUCAGUAAUCUUCCAAAGCAAUCCCACCAA